AUGGGAAAUCUACUUGCACCGUAUGACCUAGCGACCAAGCAUUCGCAAGAAAAGGCUUUUGACAAUGCACUUCACCUCAGCACUGAGUCAUUGCAAAUGUUCAAAGAGUUAGGCAUGGAACGUAAACAUCUAUUUUCUCUCCACCUAAUAUUUUCUGCCAUGGAUAAAGACAAAUCAGGUGAAAUUAAUAUGAUGGAGUUCUUCGACUACAUUGAUUUGGAGCGGAGUCGAUUUUCCGAAAAGGCAUUUUCUGUAAUGGAUCGAAAUGGGAGUGGCGAAGUAGAUUUUGUCGAGUUUGUGCUGGCCGUAUGGAAUUACUGCUCGUUUAGCAACGUCAGUCUAGUUCGAUUUGCGUUUGAUCUUUACGACGUUGAUAGCAGCGGCGAAAUCACGCAUGAUGAGGUGGUGAAGUGUGUUCGAGAGGUUUGGGGGGAUGUUUGGGAAACCAACGCAAAUGCUAAAAAAGUCGUCGGAAAGCUUGAUACAUUAAUUGGUAAUACGGCCAAAAAUUGUCUCUCUGCGAGCCUCUUUCAAACAUUUGCGGUGCGCCACCCGAUGCUAUUAUUUCCUGCUUUUGAGUUGCAGAUGAAGAUUCAAAAUAAGAUAUUAGGAAGACGAUUUUGGUCCCGCGCAACCGAGAAACGUUCUUCACUUGACGUGGCAGCACUAAAUUGGGAUUACGUUGACGAAGUAAAACUUUUGAGCAGGCAAACAACGUCAAAUAUACGCACAUCGAUGGAGGAAGAACUCAGUAGCCAACUUCAAGUCAAGUCUGCAGGUGUUACAUCAAAAUGGUUUGGGAUGAACUUUAAGAUUCCAAAAAUAUUUUAUCGAACAAGACGCACACUAUGUACGAGCUAG